CAUCCCCCAUUUCUCUUCCCUCCCUCCCCCUCUCUCUUUCUCUCCCUAGCCCUAGCUCACCCGCCGCCGCCCUCCAUGCAUCACCAUCGCCCCCUGCCCCACAUCGUCACCCCCUCCGACGCGGCCGCUGUGACCGCCGAACUCAUCAAGCACGGGAAGAAGCGGGGCAGCUACAACUGCGGCCGCUGCGGCCUCCCCAAGAAGGGCCACUCCUGCCACGUCAGCAACCCCUCCUCCGACCCUCCUGACUCCCUCCCCGCUCCCUCCUCCACUCCCGCUCCCGCCACUGUGCCUCCUGCCGCUGCUCUCCAGUCGUCGUCUUCCCUCUCCUCCGCCACCCGUCCCCCUCCACCUCGCCAUCCGAUCUCUCACCUCCGCCGGGCGCUCUCCUUCGACGACUUCGACGUCCGCUCCGCCGGCGUCGAGGAGGACGACGAGGAGGGGCCGGAUUCCGAUCGGGACGAGGAGGUCGGCGGUGACGUCGGCGGGGGGCUGACUUCAAGCUGCCUUUGGGAAGUCCUCAGGAGGCUGCCGCCGGCCGAGCUGUCGUCGGCGGCCCAGGUGUGCAAGGGGUGGAGGGAGACGUCGAGGAGGCUCUGGAGGGCGGUGGAGGAGCUCCGGCUCAGGGUUCCUGCGACUGCUCAGGUUGGAUUCGUUGGAUCAGUGUUGCAGAAGUGCCCUGGGCUCGUCAGGCUGUCACUUAGACUUGAAAGAGAUGUAGAUUCAACAAUGUUGGCGUGCAUUGCGUUCUCGUGCCCCAAUUUGGAGUCUAUGGAGAUUUCUAAAUCUGCGACGGCCAUCAAUAGGAUCACAGGGGAUGAGUUGGGUCGAUUUGUUGCUGACAAACGGUGCCUUACCUGUCUUAAAAUGGAAGGGUGCACCAACCUUGGAGGUUUCAUACUCAAUUCGUCAAGUCUUUCUACGCUCUGGCUAUCAGAUCUUUACUCCCUAUCUAAAAUGGUUUUCAACUCUCCUAAUCUGAAAGAAAUUUCCCUGGCGUUCUCCCACCAAACAAAUGAUUGUACUGAUCUGACUACAAUAGUUGAAGGUCUUGGAAGGAGUUGUCCGAGGCUGCAAAACAUACAUAUUGCAUCACUUAGGCUUUCACAUGCUGUUGUGCUUGCGCUCACUGCAGCAAAUUUAAGGGGCUUGCGAAUGCUAUCACUUGUACUUGGAUCAGAGAUAACAGAUGCAUCUGUUGCUGCCAUUGCAUCAAGCUAUUCAAACUUGGAAUUGCUUGAUCUAAGUGGGUCUAGCAUAAGCGACAGUGGCAUUGGAAUGAUCUGCAAUGUAUUUCCUAGGAAAUUGUCAAGGCUCCUGCUUGCUCUUUGUCCUAAUAUCACUUCAAGUGGCGUUCAGUUUGCAACAGCUCAGUUACCUCUUCUUGAACUCAUGGACUGUGGGAUGACCAUAUGCGAUCCCAAUGACCAAAAGCAACCUGAUGAAGGUGCUAUUUGUGAUGUAGAUAGGAGGCCCAGCAAAAAACUUCAUCUUAUGUACCAGAAACUUAUUGUGAAGCAUGACAGGUUGAAAAGGCUCAGCUUGUGGGGUUGUUCAGGAUUAGAUGCUCUGUAUUUGAACUGUCCAGAACUAUAUGAUUUGAACCUUAACUCCUGUAAUAAUUUACAUCCUGAUCGUUUGCUAAUUCAAUGCCCAAAUUUAGAGAGUGUGCAUGCAUCGGGGUGCCAAGAACUGUUGAUUGGAGCAAUUGAAAGCCAGGUCAACAAUGAAUUUUCUCAUCUAGAGAAUCAUUUCCCAUUCAAAUGCUCAGCUGAUGGCUCCAAAAGAAUUCUAGUCCCAAAUAUGUUGUGUCAACAGCGUUUUUAUGAUGAUAAGAAGCGAAGCACCAUGAAGCGGCCGUGCAAUGUGCUUGUAGACUGAUUCAUGCUUCUGCUGGUUAUCUGAUGCGGAUAUGGAGACAUCCAUCUCGUCUCGUCUGUUAUACAUUACGAUUAUUAUUGUUAUCCAUACGUGGUCCGAGGAUCCAGCAAGACUUCAACUGGUUCAGGAACUGUUUCUCAUGGCAGAAGGGGAACUUUUACUGAGCAAGUAUGCAUUACAAGCCUUUCGACUGUUGUGGAAAAAUAAGAGUGCUGGUGUUCUUAUUGUGCUUUGACAUACCUCCAUAGACCCAAUUGGUUUAUGAGCUUUCUAUGUUCUAAUGACCAGGACACUGAUUGUGUUGUAGACUACAGCUUAGGUAGAUGCACCAUUUCAUCCUCUGAACUCUGACUAUAUAUUAUCGGUGGCAGUUGUAGCUUCUCAAAGACAGUUCAUGAGCAGUAAUAAAAGUAAGUGUAGAAUCUUUAUUGAUGCUUUGCA